AUGCUGUCCAACCAAUUCUUGCAAUUGGCCCUUCUCGCUGCAGUAGGGCAACAAAAGCUUGUUCUCGCUGGUGCUGAUCCAUCAGCAGUUUACGGCAAUAUCGGACAGCAAACACUCUACCAACAGCCAGCGGUUGCCAAUACAACCGAAGAGAUCGAGCAGUUGAUGGACGAGUGUGAUGAAUCAAUCACAGCCUGCGCAGCGACAGCAAAGAACAAAGUCAUCAGCACAUACACAUCCACAAUAUACUCCACAAACACUCAUGUCUAUGAGGAAGUAACGACGAUUUCCACAUCCACUCGGACUUAUACCGAGGUCGAAGUUUCAACGGAGACGACAACUACCGAAGGUCAAUGUCGUGAAACGGAUUUUGUGCAAGCCCCGAUCCCUCAAAUCGUUAUAGUUGACGUCAACAUCACCACCACCCGAGAAUAUGUUCAUAUCGCCUCCACGACCACCAAAGUAACCUCAACCGUCAAAUACAAGCAGACUGCCCAGUGCAUCGUCAGGAAGAAGAGCACUGGCCUCGCGCCCUUUCCCCCCUCUGCACCUACCGCGAAUCCCCCUAGAUACGGCUCCAACCCUUCUCAGCCCCAUUCAAACGAGCCGACGUCCCGACAAAUUCCGCCUGCUUCAAGCCCCUCUGGAUUUGCCUCAGACUCUUCUCAGCCGGCUCGAAGCGAGCCGCCUUCUCACCCAUCCUCGGGUCGAGGUGGUGGAAGGCCGAGCUCCAUACCGACGCCCUCGUCCAGCGUGUCGACGGUCGCCUUCGGAAGCGCUUCAGGUGCUUCCUCAUCCACUUUGUCAACGGGCCCCUAA